AUGUUUAAAUACUUCAUUGCUGGCGUGCCCAAAUGCCAGGACUUCGGUCACGUCAAACUCGUCGCCGAGAAAUUAAGACAAACUCUUCCCACUUUCUCGUAUAAAGUUAUAGUAAAAACUGAAGAAGAAUAUCGAGAUUGGAUGAAGAAAUUCUGCAACGAACAAAAAUGGAGGAUCGAUAAAAAUCCGUUAAUCUGGAAAACUAUACUGAACUCAGACGGUUCCUGUCAAUUGAUCGGUGGCAUAAACGAAUUUUUCGAACAUCUCAUAGAAUAUUACAACGUCGACACGCGUUUGGACAAACGAAUAAAAAAACGAAUAGCGCUGGAUAACGUAGAGAGACUGCCGUUUAUGUUGACCGAGCAAGUACCCGUGUCCCGAGCCCCGCCGACAAGGGUGUGCAUAACCGGCGCAGUUUAUCCGUCUACCUGUUACCUGGUUUCUGAGCUGUUACAGUUGAAAGAACUCCAUGCUAAAGACGGAGGUGGUGUAACGGUGUGCUUACACCAUAAAGACUCGAACAAAUACGGAGAUCUGAUAAGAAUUAAACACGAAAUUUGCGACGCUGAAUUUAAUAUUCGUGGGUGCGGGGCGAUAACGGUGGUCAACAGCGAUGAAGAAGGGUUGCUGAACUGCGAUUUGUUCAUCGUGCUUGGCAGCAUGAGAAGGGAAGAGAAUGAAGAAGAACAAUUAUGGAUGGACCGAAAUUACACCGCAAUGAAGAAAUUGGCUUCAAUCCUCAACCGCCAUUGUCCCGAGCGCUGCAAGGUGCUGCUUAUGGGCAUGGAUCUAUUGUGUUUCAACCUGAGCGUUUUGGCUGAAAAAGCCGACAAAGUUUAUUUGUACAACAUCAUCGGUGUAACCGGUCAUCACGGUAUGGUGACGUUACCAACCAUUUCUCGGGCGACGGGCAUCCUGAUCCCGGACCUCCACUGUCCACCGGUUUGGGGCUUCGACGGCUCGGCGAAAUAUGUCGACUUCAAACACGUGAUCUAUCAUUGUGGUGGAUCGGCCACGGACAACCCUGGUUGCAAGGACGCGGCGACUGCGGUGGAAGAUUAUUCAGCAAAUCGAAACAAGCACAAAUACUUGCAGAGCGUACUACAGCAGUCGGAGAGUCUGGUGGGCGGCGACGGCGAACACGUUGCAGCGAGCACUAACAUCGAAUCAUGUACCAACGAGGUGUGUCACCUGUGUAGUUUGCCCGAAAUACGCGUGGCCGUGCGAAUGAUAUCGGAAUGGUUCAAAAACGAUGGUCGUAUAACCGUCAGCGCUGCAGUUUUUUCAGACGGAACAUUUGGCCUACCGUUUGGUAUGUUUUUAUCUCAACCAGUUCACAUGGAAAACGGUGAAUGGAAACCAAAUUUUGACUUCCCACCUCCAGAUGAAACAGUCAUAAUUGACAUGUUGUCCAAAGUAUCAGAUAUUGCAUUCGAAUAUAACCUUGGAAAUAGGUUUAUUAUGAACCCGAAAGAAAUGGCAACAGAACUUAGUGAAUAA